UGGAACAACUGAAAAGCCCCGAUGUGAAGGCCAUGCUGGCAGUGCUUGCAGCGGCCAAGUCAAAACUGCUCAAGCUGUCCAUGAUGGAUGCUAUUCCUACACUUAUAAAUGCAAUUAAAAUGAUCUAUAGUAUCUCUCAUUAUUAUAACACCUCUGAGAAGAUCACAUCUCUGUUUGUAAAGGAAUACCAGCACUGCUUUCACAAGACAAAACAGAAGCUUAAACAAGAUCCAAAUGCAAAGCAGUUUGAUUUUAGUGAGAUGUAUAUUUUGGGAAAAUUUGAAACUUUUCACCAACGCCUUGCCAAGGUAAUAGACAUCUUUACAAUCCUCAGGACGUAUUCAGUCCUGCAAGAUUCUACAAUUGAAGGGCUAGAAGACAUAGUCACUAAAUACCAGGACAUUGUGGCAACCAUAAAGAAAAAGGAAUAUAAUUUCUUAGACCAGCGGAAAAUGGAUUUUGACCAAGAUUAUGAAGAGUUUUGCAAGCAGACUAGUGACCUUUUCCUGUUGACAGUCAUGUGUUUAUUUUUUCCUUUCUGUAUAAUGCUGUUAAUCAUUACCCAUUCAGAAGGCAGAGGUGCCUUCAUCAUGGAGAUAAAUGAAGUAGAUGUGCUCUCGCAGCUCAUAGUGAGACAGGAGGCAGACGGUGAAAUGAUUAAAAUCUGUGGCAAAGAUACUUACCUUCCCACAACUCUGGAUGGAGUGAGGGUGGUGAUGAGUCCAGGAGUCUUGGAGAGACUCAACAACUGUAGCAUCUCAAGUGAAAGACUCCUGAGUGUGACUUGGAUUAGGGUGAUGUCCAUGGCUGCCCGUCAAAGGGAUCAGAGCCUGGAAUCCUCUCCAGAUUUAGGGUUCAUGCUGGUACUCACAGGUCAAAGAAGGCAGCGUGUUGGAACCAAGUGGGCUGUUGGAAGUCUAGAAGCAUGCUGA